AGACCCAGAAGUAUUUACCAAUCAGGAGCGAGAAUCACUAAGCUAUUAUAGGAAUUACUUAACAUAGUUGGUCCUCUCAUAAAUCAAGAAGAAAAUAUAAAUGUAUGUACGAGCAAAAAGUUGAUGUUUACAAUUUGGACAUUAUCUAAACCUGAAAGUAUUUUAGCAGUGAGUGAUAGAUUUGGGUUAGCCAAAAGCACUGGCUACCAAAUAUUUAUUAAUAUAUGCUUUGGCACAAUUAAUGCCUACUUAUGUGCAAUGGCCAAAUGUAGUACAAUGUGAUUUAUCUUGUUCUAUAUUUGAAGUUCGAUCGCGUGGUUUCACAGAAGUAAUUGGCGCUAUAGAUGGAUGUCACAUCCCCUGCAAGCAACCUGUAGGAAAUGCGAAUGAUUAUUAUAAUCGAAAAAGUUUUCAUUCCAUUAUACUACAAGGUGUUUGCGAUUAUAAAGGAUUAUUUAUAGACUGUUUUAUCGGAAUGCCAGGUCGCAUGCACGAUUCAAGAGUUUUUAGGAACAGUCCAUUAUUUAAUGCCAUAAGAAAUGGAUGCAUUCCAGAAAAUCGACAUAUUAUAGGAGAUACGGCAUAUCCUCUGUUACGAAAUUUAAUGACACCAUUUAAAGAUAAUGGUCAUUUAACGCGUUCUCAACUUUUAUAUAAUAUUAAACUAAGUUCAAUAAGAUCAAUUAUUGAAAGAGCUUUUGGAACGCUUAAAUCAAAAUUUAGAAGACUGAAAUAUUUAGAUAUCUCAAAUUUUGACCUAGGUAAUAAUAUGAUUGCUGCAGCCUGUGUUUUACAUAAUUUUAUACUAAAUAGAGACGGAUUUAUAAUGGAGGACGAACUAGUAAUGGAUAAUGAAUAUGUACAGCAAGAAGUACAGCAAGUUCAUAUCGUCUAUGAAGAUGUUGAAGCUAUUGAAAAACGUAUGAAUAUUGUCCACAAUCUUUAA